AUGGGGGUUAUCCGCCUUCGACACGGGAUUUUCGCCAAGGCAGGGCUGGCGAACAAUGAAUCAGACGGCUGUGGUCGUCGAGGGACAUUAUGUCAACAACCCCAACAUCACCAUGAUGAGACCAUAUUAUCACGGCAUGCGAUACAACGAGUAUACAAAAAUCAGACCUCGGCAUCGUCACUUACUGCAACAACACCAGCGCUACCGGUGGAGAGCACACAGAUAACCCGCGAAACCAAUGCGCUGUUCACUACAAACGGGGUGACGAUAGCGGUGGGUUUGGAUGCAAUCUUUGGGUUGGCGCUGGUGAUAUUCUUGAGUGGGGUGAUCUACCAAUGGAAGAGAGCCCAGAGGCUUCGUGCGGAGCAAGAAGAACGAGAUGGGGUGACGGAUGGGGUGGAGGUUACUCCCGCGGUGUCGGUGUCGACGGUGUCGAAGGAGUCAUCUCAGCUGUCCUCACAGAUAUCCGAUGCGAGAGUAAAGGUCGUUGAGGAGCAGCGUGGUGAUGAAAAAGGCGGGAGCAGCAAAGACCAAAUGAAAUAG